GAUGUUUUUUCGACAUCUCUUGUGAAAAGUUUGUGAAAAGAUUGUUUACGGUGAAGAAAUCCAUCGCUCUUUUGGUAAAUUUCUGUAUUUCUUCAGUAUUUGUGAUUCUUAGCAGUCUAAACUAAUAAAGUGGCUCUCUUUUAACGUCAAAACAAUUGAUUGUGCGGAAAAUGGACGGACUACAGCACCGACGAGAAAGAAAAUCGUCAAUGGUAACACAACAAUUUUACGCACCACUAUCGCCAUGCCCUAUACCAGACAUAAGUGAUGAUGAGCUAGUUUCUAUAUCCGUCAGAGACCUUAAUCGUACUCUAAAGUCUCGCGGCCUAAAUCGCGAGGAGGUUGUGCGUAUGAAGCAGCGUCGACGAACGCUGAAAAAUCGUGGCUAUGCAGCUAGUUGUCGCAUAAAACGUAUAGAACAGAAGGAUGUUUUGGAAACAGAAAAAUCGCAUGAAUGGGUUGAGCUGGAAACUAUGCACGAAGAUAACGAACAAUGUCGCAAGGAUAUAGCUAACUGGAAGAAUAAAUACAAGGCUUUGCUGCAGUUUGCAGCCCAUAAUGACAUUCCGAUUCCACCGGAACUAGAGGGUUGCUGAAUAAUGGAAGCAGAAUAGUAUAAAUGGGAGUGUCUACUUACACGUGCCACGGUAAAAAUUAUGCCGAAAGAAGUUCUGUCCCACACACAGAAAGGAGAAUUCUGAGUAGUAAGGGUUAUAAUCCCUAAGCGCGGCCGAAGGCCGCCUACGCAUAAAGAAGUUCUGCCCCACUUCUCCGGCAACACAUAAUCCACGUAAUUUUACCGUAGAUAUACGGUAAUUUUUAAACUUGCCGUGGCGCGUGUGUGUAGACACUGCCAAUAUAAAUAGAUUAUAUAUUUUAAGUAACUUUAUGUAUACCACUUUAUUUGUAAAUUAUAUCGAUCGUGUAUAGGUUUUAAAUAAAUACUGCUUAUUUAAAAUUUG